CUGUACAGGGCUGUGUUUGAAAGCCCUCCUAUCCUCGCAUAGUGACUCAUGUGGGAACCAGGGCUGUGCUGGACUUCGGAGUGGGCAGCAGGGUGGAGGCUGAAGCAAGGGUGCAGCUCUGGGUCCAGUCUCCUAGAAAGAGGCCCUGGGAUGUGGGCCACAUGGGGGGAGCCUAAGAUCUGUGACGUGGUCCACUGAGGACUUGACAUCUUUCUCCCUCUUCCCUUAGGGAUGGCAGACACCCCAUUCAAUGGCAGUAGCAACAAGAGUAGUGGCCCCAGUGCAACCAGCUCCAUGGAGGACCCUACACACACGGCCCGGGAAGUGGUCAGCGCCCUAACCACGUUCACCUGCCUGUGGGGUAUGGUGGGCAACGGCGUGGUCAUCUGGCUUUUGAGCUUCUGCCUGCAGAGGGGCCCGGUCGGUGUCUAUGUCCUCAACCGGGCAGUGGCCGACCUGCUCUUCUUGCUGUGCAUGGCGGUACUGACGGUCCUGCGUGCUAGUGCCUGGAAGUCCUUCGUGAGCCCCUUGGUCCUCCUGGCCACCAGGAGUGCCAAGUACUUGGCGUACACAGCGAGCCUGAGCCUGCUGGUGGCCCUUACCACCCAGCACUGCUUCUCUAUCCUCUUCCCCAUCUGGUACAGGUGUCACCGGCCCCGACACCUGUCAGCCCUGGUUAGCACCCUGCUCUGGGUGCUGUCCUUCCUGCUGACCACGCUGAUCUUGUACUUCUACAACGAGCCUUGGAAUGCCGACUCGAAGGAGGGUGCCAGGGUGGACACCAUCUUCCAUAUCCUCACGCUGAUGAGCUUCACGCCUGGGAUGGUCCUGUCCAGUGUCUUCCUCGUCCACGUCUACAGAAACCCCCAACAGUGGCGCCGGCAGCCCUGGAGACUGCUCGUGGGCAUCCUGGCCUUGAUCCUGGUGUUUCUGGUCUGCACCCUGCCCCUCAGCAUCGCCAGCUUCAUCCUCUACUGGGUGUCCCUGCCACAGCGGACGCAGACUCUGCUCAGUACCUUUGGACACCUCACCUUGUCUGUGAACAGCAGUGCCAACCCCUUCGUCUACUUCCUGGUGGGCAGUCAGGGGUGUCACAGCCUGCAGGAGCCCCUGGGGGCUGUGCUCAGUAGGGUGCUGCAGGAGGACCCCAGGCAGGAGGGAAGAGAGACGUCCUCCAUGGGCACCGACAAGAAAGGGAAAUACCCCCACCUGCACUUGGGGGUGGAAAUAGCCCACCAGCAGACUGACAUGGACCCCAGCAUGGAGGGGCCACUGUCCGAUGCAGUGGUGGAGGGAAGGGCAGAGAGGGACGCAGAGCCUGUGGGGGAGGGUGCUGCUUGGGAACAUCUCUGGAGCCCUUACCCACUCUGCAAGCAGGCCUGGGAGUCCAGGCAGGAGAAGGGACAGCAGCCACGGGAGUAG